UGUCCUGGGGAGGUAGCGGCCCUGCUCACCUACCUUGGCUCUUCUCCUGUCUCUGACUGACUGGGGAAUGUACUGAGGGGCACUCACACCUGUGGGAAGUUUGUGCAAACCAAUUUCAUUAAGGUACAGGUCAGUUCCGUUACAUAUUAAAAAAAAAAAAUCUAGCCUUUGCUAUGGAGAUGCAGCUCCUUCCUGGGGGGCCCAGGGUGGCUCUAGUCAGCUUCCACAGCGGACUGGGAAAGGUCUGGGAAUGGUCAGACAGUAAAGCUAAUGUAGGCAGGGAUGUCAGGUCAAUUGCUAUGGGAGGACUUCAGCUCUGGGCAUGGGGGUGGGGGAUGGAGAGAGGCCGGUGGGGCAGAACAUAGAGUGCGCUAUAGUGGGCACAUCUGGAAUGUGUGUUUGCAUGGCGCACGGAACCUGGAAAGAGACAACCCUUUUGGCUUGACUGCAGCAGAGCGAGGAGGGAACCUAGACGGCGUUAGUGGGUGGGGACUGAGGAAGAGCCUUUGGAAACUCGGGCAAUGGGCUGACCACCUCUGCACAAGGUGGGCUUUGUACUUAGGCUGGAUUAGUGUGAUGCCCUUGCCACGCGUCCCUGUGAGCCAGGGCGAGGACAGCCGCUAGCUGGAGGCCUUGCCAAGCGUGUUCAGCUCACUCGCUAAGACCUCCAUGAAGAUCACCCAGUGGGACUCUGCAGUGGACACUCUGCGGUGGCGCUCAGCAGACCCAAACCAUGACCUCGAAGGGGAAGCUGGCCUCAUCACCUUCUAGCAGACACAUGUGAACACAGCUGUACGCUGAUGGCUCACUGGGCCACCGGAGACAGACAUCCUUCCGAAAGAGUGACGUGACAGGAAGCUGAGACGCGAAGCCCUGGGCCCUUCUGGGAAGCUGCUUAGAUCGAGCACUCCUAUCCCCUCCUCUGGAGCUCAGCCGUUUGGCUCUGGCUGGCCAGAGACUGGUCCAUACCCAGCUCGGGCAGGGUGGCAUGAAGCAGCUGGCAGAAAGAACCAGGAAGACCUGCAGCUGGAGGACGGACCGGCAGGGAGGUGCCAUGGAGGGCAGGCUGCAGAGAGAACCCAUCAGGAUUUCCUGCCCGAUGCCUUUGCCACUGCAGCACAGACCAGACUGUUGUGCCACCUGCCCCCCCCCCCAAUGCCACCACUGCUGGGGUACCCAACAUUGCAGAGCAAGAACAGAAAUAGAUCAUCUGACCUCCCUCCCCCCCAACUAUAGUAUGAAGGCUGUGCGCAUCCUCACAGAACCACAGAAACUGAACCAAGACUACAGAUAGGAUCAAGAGUACGGAAAGCCAGAAAAUGGAGACCGCCUCUCCUGGUGACCUCAGCUCCACCAUUCCCAACAGGCAGGCAGUCAGGCACAGGAUGGCUCAACCUCUUGCUUGUCAUCUCAGGUGACACCUCAGGCUUGUCAUCUUUGGAGGAAACUCUUGGAUCGCUCGCUCUAGCCCUGCUACUGGAUGGCGAGGGCCUCAGGCGGCACAUGGCACCGGGUGGCAGGGACAGUCAGCUCCAGUGCUCAGGGCCAGUACCACCAGCCCUGACUUCAGGGGGAGCCUGCUUCUCAGCAGUCCCCAAGCUCAGCCUUGUGGGAAAGAUGCCUCGCGCAGCCAUACCGAAGCCAUGUGGUAGAUAACUAGCAAAUGCGGAGCCUCCAGGUCUGGGCCUCACCAUCUCUGGGGUCUCCCUCUGCUCUGCAUCUCCAGUGCUCAUGGAAGACCCUGGGAACACUCAGGCCUUAUUAAACAAUCACAGAGUCCCUACACGUAACACGCUGCCGGGGAAGGAAGUGUGCUAGGUUUCCCAGAAAGAAGGCCAAGGGGGCGUGCUGGGAGGUCCAGCGCCUUGGUCUGAUAUCACGGGAGAUUCUGCUUCUGCUUCUUAUCCGCAGGCCCAUAGAGCAACCACUCUGCAGGAAGCCGUGUGAGGCCAGGCAGGUCUGCCCAGCUAGGCCACUGGUCACUGGACUAGAGUGCCAGUCUGGCCCAUUGCACACGGGGACCAGGAGGAAUGCUGGAGCUCCUAGAGACCAGUGUCUGUGUGCGCAUGCGCAUGUGCACGUGCAGACACAGCUUUUGUUGGUGUGUGCCCAUAUGUGUACCUGUUUGUAAAGAUGUGUCUAGGUAUACAUCUAUGUAUACAUACAUGUGAUAUAUGUUUGCCUGUUCAUGUGCCGGGUGUGCAUACAUCUAGAUGUCAGGGUGUGCCUGGUAUGUGCAUGUUUUUGUUUCUGUGUAUCCAGAUGCAUAUGCACACUUGUGUGUUGGUUGUGCCUGGUGAUACACACAUGUGCAUACAUGUCUACAUGUUCAUGUGCCUGGUAUGUAUACACAUGCAUACACAUCUACAUGAGACAAAUGGCACAUGCACCUUAUCUGGAAGAUUUGAGAAAAACAAAUAAGAGACUGCUUUUAUACUUAAAGAAGGAAAUUUUUCUCAGUUCCUAAAAAACAUAUAGAAACAGCCAGCCUUGGGAGCAAAGGGACAAACAAGGACAGUCAGGCAGGCCCCUGCUGCCCAUUGUGACAGUCUGUGAGUCCUGUACUGCCUUUCCAGAUCUCCGGGCUGGGGGUCAGAGGUUGGUGGCCCCUUGUUGGCCCUGCGUACUACUGUGAUGUCAGUCCAAGCUCCCCUCCAGGUUAUGCCUCUGUGCAGAGUUGGCCAGGGGCCGGAGCAGAACCUCAGGCCGUGUGUGUGAAACAGACAGGAUGACUCACAACAGCUCUGCCCCAGUCUGCAGGGCAGGAGCUUGGAAUGGAAACAUUUACAGAGCUGAGGCCAGAGGCGCUAGAAUGGCUGAGUCUGGCCAAAAGGAGCAGACAGCUGGAGAAUGGAGCCGGAUGGGGCCUGCAGGGUGGAGCACAGUGGGUCGGACACCGGAAGCAUCUCUCGGGGCAACUCUGCUUUUCUGUGCACCAGCUCUGGCUGGUUCGUCGAUCCACUGUCCCCUUCUGAUGCCUCACACACCGUGUUCGCAGGCCUCCCACUCCCUGGGCUGGCAGUGUGUGGAGCAGCCCAGCAAGCCUCUCGUCCCUCCAGACUCAGUCUGAGACUGAUGCAGCUGUGGAAGCCAUGGGGAGCCAGGAAACCCUCCGAGAAUGCCGAGGCCACUCACACAUUACACACGGCCACCCACGCCACCGGCACCACGCAACAGAAUCUCACACAUUGAUGCGAUUUCGGCGAUGUUGAAAAAAAAUUUACGAGCCCUUGCUGGACAGAUCUGUAAAAUAAGUGUGUCUUGGAAGGAUCUGUCUGUAAGAGCAUUGCGCCCCUGUGGGAAGGGCUUGGUAAGCUCUCUCGUGGCCUUUAGAAAAUGCCCUGGGCUGUGCUCACUCUCCUCCCCACCUAAGCAGUGCUGGGUGAGGGGCCCAUUCCAGGAACCACUCUGAAGGGUUAUUUACAGAGUGGUGACCAAGAGCCACUGUAGGAACACAGCCUUCUCAGACACUAGCCUUGGGGAACUCCCAAGGGACAGAGCUGACCUUGGCGGCCCUUCUGCAGGGUGGGGAGGCCACAGGUUCUCAGCCUGCAAUGCAUCCAUGGAGUGUCUGUCACUCCUCUGUGGUGGUGUGGGUUUUUUUAAGAAGUCGUGUUGGGUUGUGGUCAGAGAGUCGGAUGGUCCAGCCACCCCAGAAAACUAGUGACCUCAGGUGACUCUGGAGCUAGCCAUGCCACUCUCAGAUAUGUGCCCCCCAAAAAUGAAAGAGCCGAGCGCUGUCUAUCACUGUGUGCACUUCUUAGUGACGAGAAAGCACUUGCGGUACAGGCAGGGACCAUGAGGGCACUCAGUGCCGUGGAAGUAGGCGCCUUCUGUGCACAAUAAAGCAAGACCUGCGGAUUCCAGAGACCUACCAUGUGCCUCUCUAGACAUGUCAAAGGUGCAGAAGACAAAGCAGAUACACAGCUGCCAGGGCUGGGGACCGAGGGCGGCCAGCGAGGAAGCUGUGUCAAGGGCUGGGACCGGAGUCAAGGUGGUGCCUGUCAGGAAGAGUAUGUCUCUCUACAGAUUCUUUAAAAUGGACUUGGGGAAGAGCUUCGAGCUCUCAGCCAGUUCACUAGGCUCAGGUCUCAGUGGUACUAACUCCCAGGCUGACGCAGGCAGAGCGACUCGGGCUGUCCUACUGCGCAUAGGAACUGAGAUGCAUGCGCACUGUCAGACAUACUCCAGAGGACUAGUGUGUCGCGUUACUCAAUGGGAGAGCACUGGGAGGCAAGCUCAGGCUGGCUUCCCCGUGCAGCCCUGCGCCUCUCUCCCCAUCUCUUCAUCCUGUGGAGGAAGGGGGAGUUGAGGAACUGCCCAGGCUACAGAGAAACCCAGGACACAGGGUGCCAGGAGAAGGCUGGGUAGUGAUGAGCAGACAGCAGAAGGCUUGGCAGUAGAGGGCUUCAGUGGUUUUGUCAGGUAGAACAUGUUGGUAAAGGGGCCAGGUGUCCCUGGGCUCCCAAGAAGGACUGGCCCUCUGAACCUCAACAAAGACAGGACGGUCAAUGGUAGUAGGGCAUUAAGGUGUGCCAGGGUGUGCUGUGCACAGAAAGCUCUUGGCUGACCCUUCCCUGGCUAGCCUCUGUAGGCCAGGAGACAAGUGCAUCUAGUCUGUAUGGGUUCCCACCUACUCUUAAGGACAAAGGCACAGGAGGGCGCUCUGGGGAAACCCUCGACUUGUGCAGGCUGGGCCCAGGGAGCAGAGCCCCCAGCGUGGCUGUGCAGCACCAGCGUCCGCCCCUCAGGAGUCAGUCCUUUGCUCUCACAUUCCCGGCUCAGAUGGGGCACUGGUACCCAUAGUCAGAAUACCGAAUUGGAGAACUGCGGUAAGGAAAGCCCUGUGUGGGUCCAGAUGGUGCUAGAAGCACUUGGGACCCGAGCAAGGCCCCUCCACCCUGGGUGGCAGCCUGCAGCCCUUUCCCCUAUGGACGAAAUCACACAGUCUGUGGUGAGGCACAAGCUCAGACACUAUCCUGCUCCACCGCCGGGGAACCAGGGGCAGAGCUUACAGCUGCAAGCCAGAAAGACCCUUGGUGACAAAUGUCCACAGACACAGUACUCAGCAGCACACCACAUACAUGAGGCGUGGAGUGGCUGCGGAGACAUAUCAGAUGUCUGCUCAGCAGCUCUGCUUCCUGACCGUGGUCAGAGAUCACAAGAUGACUUCCCAUUCCACCUGACAAGACAGACUUGAAAUUGCUUCCUCCCGGGCCAGCCAUGACUCUUCAUUUCCACGCCGCCGGCUCCUUAAGCACGGGCAGCUGGAAGCCAUCACAGCCACUGCUGUGUCUUUUCAGACUGAAAGAGACAGAUAGGACGAGGAGCCCGCAGGCCCAUGGGGAGUAGCAAGCCUGGCUGGCUGGCAGCGGUGGUGGCACCGUAAACAUCUGAGCGUACCUCAGAUUCAUCAGAGUCAACCUUCCUGCUACUUGGGACACCCAGAGAGGACUGUCCUCUGGGUCUGAAGAUUGGCAGGAUGAACAGGAUGGCAAGGUCUGAGAGCUCUCCUGAAGAUGGACCAUCGCAACAUGUCCUGGGUCCGCUACCCGAGCCACGUGUCCCCAGCUGUGGAGGACAUCAUUGCAGCACAGAGCAUCAUUGCUAGGUGCACACAUGUGUACGUAGCAGUGUGUGUCCCUCUGAGCCUAGUGACGGGGCUCUUCAGUCUGGGCGUGUUUAUCCGGGACCGUGCUAAGCUGGGGGUGCUGGACAGGUUCCUCGCGGGCCUCACAGCCACUGGCAUCUUGGUGACUCUCCUGUCCCUCAAUGCAGCUGGCCGACCCGACUACAUGUCCACAACAAACCUGGGCUGCGGAGCACUCUCAUUCUUCUCCAAUGUCUGCUACUUCCUGGCCCAGUACCUGCAGGGAGGCACGCUUCUCCUGUCCUUUCUGCCGGGAUCUCCCUGCUGCCAGCUCUUGGCACGGCCCAUGGCAAGCCUAGCGGCCAUUGGGGGCUGUGCUGUCUGUAGUUCCCUCAUCGUGGUGUCCCUGCUGGGCACAUCUGGGGAGCUACACACUGCCACCAUGUGCCAGGCAGAUCCGCUGACUGCAUGGCCCGAAUACGAGAUUGUCAAGUUCGGCCUGGGCUUUGCCCUUGCCCUGAGCCUCCAGAUGGUUCUCUUCCUCCUGUAUGCUACACAGCCGGCCUGGCGGGUGACUCCUGCUCAAAGGGACACAGCCUCUGGACGCUGGGUGGUACUGGUCGUGGCUCUCAACAUGCUCGCCUGUAGACUCUUCUUCAGUGCGGUCCUCCUGCAUCGGGCCCAGCUGAAGCUACGGAAGGAUGUGGGCUCCCCCAGAGACGAGCUACUCAUGAACCUCGCAGAGCUGGCCCUGUCUGGAGAGAGCUGUAUCAACGUGGUGGCCAUCCUCCUCCUCCACACACCGUGCAGGCUCAGGCUGCUUGGCCUCCUUGAGCGCCUCACUCAGAGAUGCAGGCGGGGGCUGGACAACAGCAUGUCCUUGAACAGAGUCGGGGGCUAGACAGGGCCUGCCUGCGGCACGGGCCACACCCUUCGCUAGUGUUCAGGGAAGACUACCUUCCUGGGAAGCUUGAGCAGGGUUCAUAUGUUUUAGACGGUUAGCUUGCCUGUAGUCACCUCAACCUAUGUAAAACAAGACAGUCUCUCUUCCCACACCAUCAGUCACACCUUGAGGGACACAGUGACAUGAAUAUAGAGGACUGUGACCAAAGACCAUGGGUCUGCUGGAGGGUAUCCUGACCAUGAUGGCCACGUGUGACCCCACCUUGCCUGUGGUCGCCACCCUCAACCCAACAGUCCAGGCCAGUGACACAGGAAAGGUAUUAUGGAAAUAAGCACGGUUCUCACCUAACAUCUUUGUUUCCUGAGACUGGAUCUCACCGCCACCUUGGAUGAUCUUGACUCUAAUCUUCCUGUCCCGUCCCUGAUGCCGGGGCUCCAGGCCCACGUCACAGCACCUGGCUGCUCACAUUCUGUGACAACUGCCAGAAAAUUUGGGCAAGAGAAGUCCCGCCAGAACCCUCCUUUAGGUUUGUCUUUGAAAAAUCUGCCAUCGCCAUGGCUGGAGAGACGGCUCAGCAGUCCAGAGUGCGUGGUGCUCUUGCAGAGGCCCCGUGAUCAGAUCCUAGCAUCCACAUUAGGUGGCUAACAACUGCCUAUAACUUCAACUCCAGGAUGAUCCAAUAGGCACCUGGACUCAUAUGCAUAUACCACUCCCCUCUCUCUCAGACAUACAGAGUUUAAAGGAAUACAAAUAAAUCUUUUUAAAAAUCUGUCAUAA